AUGGCCGUUACCCUCACCACUACCUCGUCCAUGAAUAAACGCUGGCCCCCGCUGGCCGACAAGUCCUCGCUUCCCUUCAAGCUCACCACCCUCUCCAAACAAAAACUCGCCCGCGAGGCCACGGCCCCGGACCCGGACAUCCGCCGAUGUCUCGGCCACUUCCGUCUCCAUUGCACCUCCAUGGAGUGGGCGCAGCGCGAUAUGACCUCCCGCAUCAACUCGUUUGACCUCGAGGACUCUGAGUCCGAGGAAGAGGAAGAGGAGGAGGAAGAGAAGGAGGCAGCAGAAAUCAAGAUUGAAGAGUCCAAGACCACGAACACUGUCACGAGCGCCGAGAUUAACGCGUCGGUGGAGCCGGAGAACAAGGAGCAGACAAAGCUCCAUGUGAGUUUUGAGGUGGCCGUCGCUCAUGUCGAUGUGCCAGAGUCGACAACAACCACAUCAUCCAACACCACACCGUCGCCAGAGAAAGAAGGUCUGCUUGAAAAGGGCCGCAGUUGUCUCGAAAAAACCGUACAGAUGAAGAACUUUUGGCCGGCGAGGGGACCGUGUCUCCCUGUUCGCAUUGCCGGUUGA